CAGCCCAGUAUCCACUGUGACACAGACUCCUCUGCUCGCUCCAUCCAUCCUGAAGCUACAUGUACUCUGUCCUAGAAUCCCCAAUGGAAAUCAGGCACGGAAGCUUCCACAGAAGCCUGAGUUCCUCCUCACAGGUCUUGACACACGGCAAUGGCAGGUCCCUGUUUAGGAAGGGGGGCUUGCACCGCCUUGGGCCUGCACCCAGUGUCUAUGGGGGGGCUGGAGGCCACGGCACCCGCAUCUCAACCUCCAGAGGCACGGUGAGCUAUGGGAGCCAACUCACCAGUGGGGACCUGUUUGUUGGCAAUGAGAAAAUGGUCAUGCAGAGCCUAAAUGACCGUCUAGCAAGCUACCUAGAAAAAGUGCAGGCCCUGGAGCUGUCCAAUUCUAAGCUUGAAGUGCAGAUCAAGCAGUGGUAUGAAACAAACUCUCCCAGAAUCGAUGGAGACUACACUGCAUAUUACAAACAAAUCGAAGAGCUGCAAAAUCAGAUUAAAGAUGCUCAACUGAAAAAUGCUCGAUGUAUCCUGCAAAUUGAUAAUGCUAAACUGGCUGCUGAGGACUUCAGGCUGAAGUAUGAGACUGAGAGGGCAUUACGAGUAACAGUGGAGGCCGAUCUCGCAGGCCUGAGUAAGGUCUUUGAUGAUCUAACCCUACGCAAGACAGACUUGGAGUUGCAAAUUGAAGAACUGAGUAAAGACCUGGUUCUCCUUAAAAAGGAACAUGAGGAGGAAGUCAUUGCCCUGCGCAAGCAUCUGGGCAACACUGUCAACGUGGAGGUGGAUGCUGCUCCAGGCCUCGACCUCAGCACCAUCAUGAACGAAAUGAGGCAGAAAUAUGAAGACAUGGCCCAGAAGAACCUUCAAGAGGCCAAAGAACAAUUUGAGAGACAGACUGCAGCUCUGCAGCAACAAGUCACAGUGAGCACUGAAGAAAUAAAAGGAACUGAGGUUCAACUAAAGGAGCUGAGACGCACCUACCAGAGCCUGGAGCUAGACCUCCAGUCCCAUCUCAGUAUGAAAGAAUCUUUGGAGCACACAUUAGAGGAGACCAACGCUCGUUACGCUGGCCAAUUGGCAACCAUCCAGGCACUGCUAAGCUCCCUAGAAGCCCAGCUGCUGCAGAUUCGAACUGACACGGAACGCCAGAGCAAUGAAUACAGCAUUCUUCUUGACAUAAAGACCAGGCUUGAGCAGGAAAUUGCUACGUACCGCCGCCUUUUGGAAGGAGAGGCUGUAAAGACUUCAGAAUAUCAGUUAAGCACCCUGGAAGAGAAAGAUGUCAAGAAAACCAGGAAGAUUAAGACUGUGGUGCAAGAAGUAGUGGACGGCAAGGUUGUGUCAUCUGAAGUCAAAGAGGUGGAAGAAACUAUAUAAACAGCUGCCAGAAGGAGAUGCUGCUGAGAGCACUGUGGCUAUAAUUUUUGCUCCCUAAAAGAAAGCAGCCAUUUGAAAGCCCUGUUAAUGCUUUGUAGUGAUUAGAAAUGGGAAUUUAUCAGUCUCUGUAAUUUAAUAUAAUGUUUUACUCAGAGGAGCAACAAAUUGCCUGCAAAAUGAAAUCCAACAGAGCACUAGGGUAUUUAAAACAUCAUUACUGCCAUCUUUACCGUGAAGCAUAUUAAUUACAAGCUAUAUUUUUUUUAUAUAGACCAGCUAACAUCAAUGUAUAGGUAAUGUUCCUGAAAAUUACAUUA